AUGAGUUCGGUGUCUCCUCCAAAACCUUGGGAGCGAGCGGGUGCAGCAGGCGCAGUAUCCUCGAGUCCAGCGCCGGGUGCAACAAGCGCACCUGCUGCUAUCAAUUCGAUAGCAAAUCCAUCCUCGACCAUAAUGACCUCGUCAUCUGAUGCACCCACACUACCCGAUCGACCAAAUACCUUAAACAAUGUGGUAAAUCAAACAGCUUCAAAUUACUCCGCCUACGGACAAAACCGUUUCAGCAACCCAUACUCUUCCUAUUCAUCACCGUACGGUGGCGGUUACGGAGGCUAUGGAAUGGGAUCGGGAUAUGGCUCUUAUGGUGGCAUGUACGGUAUGGGAGGAGGGAUGGGCAUGGGUGGCAUGUACAACAGACCAUACGGCCAGUUCGGCGCAGGCAUGCCAGGACAAGAUCCCAAUAAUCCAGCCAGUUUGACUCAAACUUGGAACCAGAGCACUGCCGCCACCUUUCAGAUCAUGGAAUCAAUAGUGGGCGCAUUUGGAGGAUUUGCGCAAAUGCUGGAAUCAGCUUACAUGACCACACAUUCCUCCUUCUUUGCCAUGGUGUCGAUGGCAGAACAGCUUGGCAACCUCAGGACGACCCUAGGACAAGUACUGGGCAUAUACACUUUACUGCGUUGGAUGCGCACAUUGGUAGCCAAGAUUACCGGUCGACCACCACCUGCAGAUGCUACAUCUCUGACUCCUGCAAACUUUUCGUCUUUUCUUUCUGGUGGCGCAGGACCAGCCACACUUCCGGACGGUUCGCCUGCACCCCCUCGCGCAUCGAAAAAGCCGUUCAUUAUGUUCACUUUAGCAGUCUUUGGGCUGCCAUAUUUGAUGUCAAAAUUGAUUCGGUCCAUGGCCCGAGCACAAGAGGCGGAAGAACAACGAAGACUAGCUGAGCAAGGAAUAGUGGUCCGAGCAGACGGAUCCCAACAGAUAGAUCCUACCAAACUCGAUUUUUGUCGAGUACUAUACGACUACAAACCAACACCGCAAUCUGGAGGCUUAGAUCUUGAGGUAAACAAGGGCGAUAUGGUAGCCGUUCUUUCCAAGACAGACCCAAUGGGACAGACCAGCGAAUGGUGGAAAUGUCGAGCACGAGAUGGCAAACAAGGGUAUUUGCCCAGUCCAUAUCUACAGAAAAUUGAACGAAAACAGCCGCAGAUAGCAGCCACAGCUCACGAUAAUGGCACAGUGAGCUUACCUACAAGUCGGACGACCACUUUGAAGGGAGGCGACGAUGGGUCACGAACCAAGAGUCUCAGCUCUGUUGCGAGACCAGAGGUGAAAGGAGGUCCAGGAGGUAUAACUUCUGAGAGUUUCCAGAAGAGUGCUUUCUACUCGUGA